AUGAAGACCAAGGAAGAACCUUUGGGACAGAGAGACCAAGGAAACCACGAGGACUCGACGAUCGAAGAUGCGAAGAAACAGCGACAUCGUGUCCCUACGGUGCCGCAACGAUUCGACGCAGCGUCACAGGCAGAGAUUAAAAGACAUGCCCAUGUGAAAUCACGUACAAUGCACGCAUUAGUCGUCCUACCGUUGCUUCGCUGA